AUGGCCCCCCUCCCUCUCCCUCACCCUCCUUCUUCCCUCCCAUGCUCUUCUCCAGCUCUCCAAGUGCUCUUUCCCCAGUUUCUGCAGCAUCCCUUGCCUCCUGCACUUUCCCCAGCCUCCCACCCAGCCUCCCACCAAGCUCACCUUUCCCUCCCACUCCUCCUCCUCCUCCUUCUUGCAAGAUGCCCCCCCCAUAACAAGAAAAGCACAACUCUGGGUGUUCCCACUGACCUUCCUGAGAAGGUCAGUGGGAACCAGCCUAAGCCUGCAACCAAGAAGGCAUGCCCACCUCCCAAGCAGCAGCAGCAGCAGCAGCAGCAGCCCUUGAUGCCCAAGGCUCCUGGCAAACAUGUGCCUGAGACUCAAGAUGUUGAUGCACUUGGUCUUGACAAAACCAUGACUGAUGCACCUCACAAGCAUGUCAAGAAGCCAGCCAACCCCAUGAAGCAAGCCGAGAACAUGGUUGAUGUUGCCAAAGAGACCACUAAGGCAUUUGAUGAAGUCAAGGUGCAGCUCAAUGAAGUCAAGAAGAAGGUGCCUGCCAUGGAGGACCACUCCUCCAUGAUACUGAAGCCUCCUGGUCAAGCAGGAUGCAAGACUCAAAUCAAGGACAGCAAGGUUAUUCAGCUCAGCUUUCACAUGAAGACAGAAAUGAAGAUUGACCCAAAGAUGUACAAUUGGCUUGUUUAUGAAAUCAAGUCCUACAUGCACAAAAUGCACAUGAAGUGGUUGGUCUUGUACUGCUCCCAACCUGCCCACAAGAUUGCAGAAGUCUGCAAGCUGGCUCAAGAACAAUCUCCCAUCCUCAACCCUACAUUGAUGAUUGGGCAACAAGAUUUGCAACAAACAGAAGUGCAGGCUAUUGCUGGGCUGGAGCCAGAGGAGCCAAGGGAAGAGCCUGGGCAUGAUGAGCUCAAGCAGGAGAGGAUGAGGGCAGAUGAAGAUGAGGAAGCAGAGAUGAAGAACAGUGAUGAGGAUGAGGAUGAGGAUGAGUAG